GGCCGGGAUCGAUUCCUCUGUUGCUGUCGUCUUUCUGCUGCCAGUCUCCCAGCUUAUAUGCCAUAUUCCGGUAAAGUUUGCUUUUCUCGACGACGACGGUACAACAUUUGACCGCAGAGCAGCCAAAAUGGGGUUUCGGCUGACUGUCAACAGUGCCAAGAGGGCAACGAGGACACUGUGGCUGCUGCUGCUGGUGAGCCUGUCUGUCUGCAUCUGUGUGUGCGGAGCAUCUUCUCCUGAGGAGGACAGUGCCAUGGAGAACAUCGUUACAGAGAAGAAGGCUGAGGAGAGCCACAGGCAGGACAGUGCAGACCUGCUCAUCUUCAUCAUGCUCCUCACCCUCACCAUCUUAACCAUUUGGCUGUUCAAACACCGGCGAUUCAGGUUUUUACACGAAACUGGACUGGCGAUGAUUUAUGGGUUGCUGGUUGGUGUGGUCUUGCGCUACGGCAUCCAUGUUCCCCGAGACAUUAGUAACGUGACCCUGAGCUGCCACGUCAACGCCAGCCCCGCCACCCUGCUGGUGAACGUCAGCGGCAAAUUCUAUGAGUACACUCUGAAAGGGGAGAUCAGUGCCAAUGAGGUCGACGACGUGCAAGACAACGAGAUGCUGCGCAAGGUGACCUUUGACCCAGAAGUGUUCUUCAACAUCCUGCUACCCCCAAUCAUCUUCCAUGCGGGCUACAGCUUGAAAAGGAGACAUUUUUUCCGAAAUAUGGGAUCCAUCUUGGCUUAUGCCUUUUUGGGGACGGUCAUUUCUUGUUUCAUUAUUGGCUUGCUGAUGUACGGCUGUGUGAUGCUAAUGAAGCAGGUGGGACAGCUGGAUGGAGACUUUUUUUUCACUGACUGUCUGUUCUUUGGGGCCAUCGUCUCUGCCACAGACCCUGUGACCGUCCUGGCCAUCUUCAACGAGCUGCAGGUGGAUGCGGAUCUGUACGCUCUGCUGUUCGGGGAGAGUGUGCUCAACGAUGCGGUGGCUGUGGUCCUGUCCUCGUCUAUCGUAGCGUACCAGCCCCAGGGGGACAACAGCCACACGUUUGAGGUCAUGGCGAUGCUCAAGUCCUUUGGGAUUUUCCUGGGAGUCUUCAGCGGCUCUUUCGCCCUGGGAGUGGCCACCGGAGUCGUCACAGCCCUCGUGACUAAGUUCACCAAGCUGAGGGAUUUCCAGCUGUUGGAGACGGCUCUGUUCUUUCUCAUGUCGUGGAGCACGUUCCUAUUGGCUGAGGCCUGUGGCUUCACAGGUGUGGUGGCAGUGCUGUUCUGUGGGAUCACCCAGGCCCACUACACUUUCAAUAACUUGUCCCCUGAGUCCCAGGACAGGACCAAACAGCUGUUUGAACUACUGAACUUCCUGGCAGAGAACUUCAUUUUCUCCUACAUGGGUCUGACGCUGUUCACCUUCCAGAACCACGUCUUCAACCCAAUGUUUAUCGUCGGGGCCUUCCUGGCUGUGUUCCUGGGCAGGGCCGCCAACAUCUACCCGCUCUCCUUCCUUCUCAACCUGGGACGGCGCCACAAGAUCAGAUCCAACUUCCAGCACAUGAUGAUGUUUGCGGGACUGCGUGGGGCGAUGACCUUUGCCCUGUCCAUCAGGGACACGGCUACAUACGCCCGUCAGAUGAUGUUUUCCACCACUCUCCUCGUGGUCUUCUUCACUGUCUGGAUUUGUGGAGGUGGCACCACCCAGAUGCUGUCCUGCCAGCGCAUACGAGUGGGAGUGGACUCCGACCAAGAUAACUCUAUGAGUAUUGCUGAAGGCUCAGAGAGAAGGAGCACCAAACAAGAGAGCGCCUGGCUUUUCAGAGUCUGGUACAACUUUGACCACAACUACCUGAAGCCCAUCCUGACUCACAGCGGCCCCCCUCUCACAGCCACACUGCCCGCCUGCUGCGGCCCGCUGGCCCGCUGUCUGACCAGCCCUCAGGCCUACGAGAACGAGUGCCAGCUGAAGGAUGACGACUCUGACCUCAUCCUGACAGACGGGGAUAUCAGCCUGACCUACGGUGACAUCACGGUCAGUACAGACGCCACCGGUGCCCACACCAGUGGCGGGCCGGCAGGUGCCUCGGCUGGCGCUGCCACGUCUGAUGAGCUUGACAGAGAGCUAACGUACGGUGACCAUGAGCUGGUGAUGCGGGGCACACGCCUGGUACUGCCUAUGGACGACUCUGAGCCCCCCUUUACAGACCCCCACCACCGCCUACGGAUGUGAGGGGUAGGGGGGCGUCUGUCAGCCCAGCCCCAGACAACCGUCCAACUCACCAGAUUGACCAGAGAAAUCGAACAAAAGACUGGCCUCUGACACUCCUUCUUUCACUCUUCCACUUCUCAGUCUCUUUCUUUUUGCACCUUGCCUUAUCCCUCCUACCUUUUCGCUCAUCUUCUCGCCAUUUCAUGUCUUGUUUUUGUUUUCGUUCCCCACUUCCUCUAGUGGCAAAUUACUGUCUCUACCUCAUUCUCAUUCUACUUGUUUCCACACCUUUCUGGCAUCUGGCAAACUGUAAUAUAGUCUAUUUAUUUGUUGGGUUUUGGUUUUUAAUUGAAAAAGAUCUUCAUUUCUUUUUCUAAAUUUGGCUUAAAAUUUGUGUGGCAGUCACCUUACAGUAGCAUUGCACAGAAGUCUAGAAGCAUGCGUUAGUCUCUAAGUUAAGUCAAAGCACCUCCCACUAGCUAAUUUGUCUAUGUGUGUAUCACAAGAGUACUAUAACUUUGAUAUGCAUGCUAAGGAUGCUUCUGUUGUUUUCUAUGUGUGGGAGCCUGGGAAGUUGAGGGGGUUUGUGCUUUGGGUCUGACCUUGAAUGUUGCUGCCUUUUCUCGGCGUGUCACACAGUGUGAUCAAAGGCAUGCUGACCCAGUGGCUAAACAUUACUGUACAUUUGGUUACAAUCAAGUGCCUGGUGAUUGUAGUUUUACGCCUGGCAGCCCAUCCUGGAUCACCUCUGGGGAGCAGAGCCAGUUCAGAAUGGGUGGUCAUGCGGUAGUAGUUUUCCUCUAUUAAAAAAAAUAAUAAUAAUAAUAAAAAGACACCUCUGUCCAUAAGGUAGCAAUAUACUCAAUGGGCGUUGGGCCGUCGGUUAGUGCUGUAUGCCUGUAGAUAGCUUGUAACAAUGUGAUGCCUCUGAUGCAGCGUAACCUGGCAGUGAAAGUGGUGGAUCUCUCCCAAUGACCUUUGACUGUGACAUAGAGAGGGACUUUACACCUUAUUUUAGAAGCUGAUGUCGCCUACAGCAGAAUGAAGGGCUGUUGUUUUGCAUACGGGAUCCAAAUGGUGAGAGCUAGUGCCAUUUUUUUUGUCCUGCAUUUGACAUUUUGUGAAAAUUGAAUGCAGACAACCUCCAAGUAUUUUGUAUUCUUUUUGAAACAUAGCUUAGGUACCACAAGGUAAAUCCAAUUUGUCACACUUAUUUGGCAUUGUGCUCUGUAGACAUUUUCUAUCACAAUCUUGCAUAAGUAUCAUUAAACUCUGUAGUCUUGACUUUGGGUCAAAUUUUCUCAUGAAUUAACUGAAGCUGAAAUUCACAUGUGGAUAUAUGAAUUUGAUAUGGAAACAUGCCUAAUACCAUGUUACUGGUAAGCACACUGUUGAUUUUAUUAGUAUAAGCUAGGCAUCUUAGUGCAAUGUCUAUCUUUAUAUUUGAUUUUAUACACACUGUCAUGAUAGGGCCGUGAAAUCAGUGAGUGUAAGCAAAGCCACAUUUGUUAUUAUUGCAAUUAAUCCAUCCCUGAUGUGAGAAGAUAUUUUCUAGGUAUUAAGAUGGUCCAGCUUUAGUAGGAUUGCCAUGACAGGUAGUGGGCAGUUCUGUGCUUGCUAUGUUUCCCCUCAACACACAACUGCAGUGUGUGUUUGAUUCCUCUGAGGUUAAUGGCUUGAUAGCUUAACAGUAGUUAAUAAUAAUACAAAAUAAUAAUAAUAAUAAUAUGAAAAGAAUCGUGAAUAAUAAGAACAUGCCCCAUUGCAUAUCAUAAAAGGUACUUGUGGAUGGGUAUGUUACAUUUCGAAAGAUUUAUUUCAGUGUGUCCCAUAUUUUUUACACUGAAUCGAUUAUUGUGUUUUGCUGGUUGCACGGGGACAACUGAAGGUUUUGUGUCUCCUUCUGGUCGCGGAGUAGCAGCUGUUCAUUUGGUUUGAAGAGGAAAUGCUGAUAGGAUGUUGCCCUGGCAACGCAGUGUUGAUGUGAACAGAGGCGGACCAGCUGCCAGACAAAACUCAAACAAGGUGGCUUGAAGAAAUAAGUUUUGUAAUUCGGCCUCAGGGCAAAAUGAAUAAACAGGGUUUAUUAUGAUGGAUGAAAGAGGACCGCAAUGGGUGAGGUUAAAGAAAAGAGGAGGAAUAGAUGAUGGAAGAAAGAGAAAUGGCACUGGAGGGACAGUUGGGGAUGCCUGUGUAUGUGUGUGUGUCUGUUGGUGUGCGUGUGUGUGUGUGUGUGUGUUGGGGGCUAAUAUAGAAGUGGAAGGAAGAGCAGACUUUGAGAUAUAGCUUUGCCUUCCACAGUGUUAUCUUCUGCUGUGCAGGAACUUCUAAUUGAGAGCGUUCACAAUUUUUUUUUUUUUUUUUUUUUAAAUCAGGCAUGUCUUUUGACACCACAUUGUCCAGGAAAGUGAUAUUUUCCCACCAUUUUAUACUGUUUUUGUUUGUUUGUUUUAUUAAAUUUUAUUAUGUAGAAGGGAACUGAUCAAGUACAAAAAAGUUGAACCAUUUGCACUCAUCCUUUGAGAAUGUUUUUUUUUUCUUAUUGUCUUGCUGUAUUGCUUGUCUUAUCUAACAGCUGCUUUCAUAUUAUUGACCCUAUGUUUUGGAAGGUGAUGGAAAAAUGAGAUUCAUGCAACUCCAAUGAAUGGUGAAUUAAUGACCAGUAGAAAUUAAGUUACUUCAGUGACCAGUUGUUACCUUACUUUGUAAAGAUUUAGUUCCAUGUUACAGAGGCAGUUGAGUUGAAAGUACCACAAUACUGUAAUCGUCUUAUCUUCUGACUUUGCCAUUCAGGCACACAGGUUUCUGUGUAUGUUAGUUACAAAUCGCUGUUUGAAUGCUAUUGCCAUGACCUAUACAGAGCAUGAAAUCAGUCUCAUUCAUUCUCCAUUCAUCUUAGACUAUGACCCCGGGGGGUGCCACUAUUGUGUGUGUGCCACUAUUCUUUGACUGACACAUUAAAUAAUGUGGAAUCUGCAAAAGCCCAUAUAGGUUUACGUAUUUGCCUGUACUGCUCUGCCAGUAUGUGUUCUCUCUCUGUAAUUUGAAUGGUAAUUGUGAUUGGCUUUGAUCAUUGGAACCUUGUCUGAAGUAGCUGACCAAAGGGGCUUGCUGUGCUCUGUGUUUUCAGACAGUCCACUUUAUCUUUAUAUUGCAAAUUGUGUGUGUGUGUGUGUGUGUGUGUGUGUGUGUGUGCGUGUGUGAGUGAGUGUGUGUAUGGGUGUGUGCAUGCAUCUAUGUGCACAUAUCUGUGCAUCUAUUGCAUAUGCAUCUGUGCUCAUGCCAGUGAGUGUGUAUGUAUGAUAGAGAGCAUGCGUGUGUGUUCGUCUGUGUGUGUGGGAGGGAGAGGGAGACGGUGUGCUGUCUCUUUUCCUCUGUGUUGCAGGUACUGACUGUUUACAUCUGUGUAAAUAUACCCUCACCUGUUCAUGUGCGUGCAACGGUCAAUAAACAGAAGCCUGUGCUUUUGAUUAAA